AUGGCGCCCGCAGCCCACCAUGCCACGCUGUCCGCGGCCUGCCGCGAGCUGCGGUCCGUGAUCGUCGCCGGCGCCGAAGCCGUGGGCGCCGACGCGGGGACGAGCGCCUACGGCGUCUGGCUAUCGCGGACCCUCGGGGAGCGGGGCCUGUCGCGCACGGUGCCGACGCACGUCGACGUGCUCUGCGAGCUGCUCGUCGCCUACAACCGGGAGAACGGGUGGCGCCUCGAGGCGUCGGCGCUCAAGGCCUGGGCGGCGAGCUUCGACGGCGCCGGCGACGAGCGCGUCGGCGCCGAGGACGUGGAACGUUUCGCGCGGUGCGCCGGCGGCGCGUGGCGCGGCGGGUCCGCCGCGGAGCCCCCUCUCUCCGCGCGGGACUGGGUCGUGGCCUUCACGACGGGCGACGACGACGCCGACGCGCUCGUCACGCAGAUCCGCGACGGCCUCCGGCGGCGGGGCCGCGACGUCCGGCGCCUCGAGUCCGCCUUCGCCGCGGCGCUCACGGACGAGGGCAAGGGCGCGAAGACGCUCCCCAUCGCCGCGGCCGUGCGCGCGCUGACGCGGUCCUGGGGCGGCCGCGAGGACACGCGCCUCGUGCGCGUCGCCGGCCGCGCGCUCCGCGGCGGCGCGUUCUGCGACCGGGGAUCGACGGCGGCGGACCCCAAGGCCCACCGCGGCGGCGCCGUGGACUGCGCGCGGCUCGUCGCCGCCGUGCGCCGGUCCUUCCUCGCGCCCGUCGACGGCGCCCUCUUCGCGGACGUCGACCGGCGCCGCGUCGGCGCCGUCGACGUCGACGGCUUCGACGACGCCUUGGACGACCUCGGCGAGUGGCUGCUGGCCGACGGGCCGCUGCUCUUCGACGACGAGCGGGCCGCGGUGCUCGACUGCACCGCGGGCGCGGACGGUUUGGUGGACUACGAGACGCUCUACGAGUGGCUGCUCCACUACGGCCAGGCGCCGGAGGAAGAGGAGACCUACGCGCCGGAGACGCCCUACGUCCGCACGCCCGCGCGCUUCCGCGACGACGACGCGCGCGCGUCGCGCGCGAGCCUCGGGUACGACGGGGACCGGCGCCGGCCGCCGCCGACGGCGCUCGCGGGCGACGCGCAGAUGGGCGACGUCGCGCGGCGCCUGCGGGCCGCGUUGAAGGACCUGCGUCUACGCUACGGCGGCCCCGUGGAUCUGGAGCGCGCCUUCGAGCGCUUCGACCGCCGGGGCCGCGGCGUCGUCGAGUCGCCCGACUUCCUCCACGUGCUCCACUCGCUGAACCUGAGCGCGCAGGACACGCGGGCCAUAUCGCGGCGCUUCGACAAAUACGGCGACUGCGUCGACUACCGCGACUUCAUACGCUUCGCGGAGCAGGACUACAACGAGCUCACGUUCCUCGCGCGCCACGUCGCGGACAAGCUCGGCGACCAGCAGCGCCGGGGGCUGGACGUCCUGCUGCCCUUCACGAUGGGCGACCGGGCGGGCCACGGCCUCCUGCCGGCGCGCGACUUCGCCGACGCGCUCGCGGCGCUGGACCUGGACCUCACGGACGCGGACAUUGGGGACCUCGCGGCCCAUUUCGCGCGGCCGAACGACCCGGACUACGUCGACUACCGCGACUUCCUCAAGUUCGUCCGCGAGCACGGCGGCCACCGGCCCGAGCGGCCCCGAGUCCACCGGAGCGUCGACGGCGGCGACUACGACGGCCUCCGCGGCGCGACGCCCCACGCCGCGCGGCCGGACCACUCGCCGCUGCGCUCCGCAGGCGACGCGUUCCUCCGGACGCGCGCGGACUUCUUCGCGGAGCCGGCGCUCGCCCAGGACGACCCCCUCAACUUCGAGCGGCGGCGCGACGUCGUCGUGGCGACGUUCCGCGGCGCGGACGGCGAGGGCGACGGCCGCCUGACGGCCGACGAGUUCCUCGUCGCGCUCCACCGUCUGGACGUGUUCCCCCUGGACGAGGGCCUCGACGCGCUCGACGCCGCGGACGUGAGAGGCCUCUACGAGUUCUUCGACGACGACGAGGGCAAGGGCGUCGACGUCGACGAGCUCCUGUCGCUGGCGCUGGACCGCGCCGUCGUCGCCCACGCCCACGGCCGCGACGCGAUCCUGGCGCGGGCCAACGCGGCGGCGGCGCGGUCCGGCGCGUCGCUCGACGGGGACAUCGUGCGCGACGUCGCGGAGUAUCUGGUGCGCCACGACCGGCGCCGCGACGGCUGCUGCAAGCAGGCGGCGCUCGAGAAGGCGCUCCGCUGGACGGGCAUCUCCUCGGAGCUCGCGCCGCUGGACCUCGAGGAGCUCCUGGACGCGCUCCGCGUCGAGGAGCCCGCGGGCCGGUCGUCCGCGGCGUCGGCGAAGAAGAAGGCGCCGCCGCGGUCCGACUACGCGCUAUUCCUCGAGCGGGUCCUCGACAGCGAGGCGCCCGCGCGCCGCGUCGCGCGCCGGCCCGAGCCGGCGCGCAAGCCCCCGAAGCAGGCCCGGCGCCUCUUCGGCGCCGCCUGCGCCAAGCUCUUCGACGCGCGGGCCGCGAUUCCACGAGCUCUUCGCGGACGUCGACCGGCGCCGCGUCGGCGCCGUCGACGUCGACGGCUUCGACGACGCCUGGACGACCUCGGCGAGUGGCUGCUGGCCGACGGGCCGCUGCUCUUCGACGACGAGCGGGCCGCGGUGCUCGACUGCACCGCGGGCGCGGACGGUUUGGUGGACUACGAGACGCUCUACGAGUGGCUGCUCCACUACGGCCAGGCGCCGGAGGAAGAGGAGACCUACGCGCCGGAGACGCCCUACGUCCGCACGCCCGCGCGCUUCCGCGACGACGACGCGCGCGCGUCGCGCGCGAGCCUCGGGUACGACGGGGACCGGCGCCGGCCGCCGCCGACGGCGCUCGCGGGCGACGCGCAGAUGGGCGACGUCGCGCGGCGCCUGCGGGCCGCGUUGAAGGACCUGCGUCUACGCUACGGCGGCCCCGUGGAUCUGGAGCGCGCCUUCGAGCGCUUCGACCGCCGGGGCCGCGGCGUCGUCGAGUCGCCCGACUUCCUCCACGUGCUCCACUCGCUGAACCUGAGCGCGCAGGACACGCGGGCCAUAUCGCGGCGCUUCGACAAAUACGGCGACUGCGUCGACUACCGCGACUUCAUACGCUUCGCGGAGCAGGACUACAACGAGCUCACGUUCCUCGCGCGCCACGUCGCGGACAAGCUCGGCGACCAGCAGCGCCGGGGGCUGGACGUCCUGCUGCCCUUCACGAUGGGCGACCGCGCGGGCCACGGCCUCCUGCCGGCGCGCGACUUCGCCGACGCGCUCGCGGCGCUGGACCUGGACCUCACGGACGCGGACAUUGGGGACCUCGCGGCCCAUUUCGCGCGGCCGAACGACCCGGACUACGUCGACUACCGCGACUUCCUCAAGUUCGUCCGCGAGCACGGCGGCCACCGGCCCGAGCGGCCCCGAGUCCACCGGAGCGUCGACGGCGGCGACUACGACGGCCUCCGCGGCGCGACGCCCCACGCCGCGCGGCCGGACCACUCGCCGCUGCGCUCCGCAGGCGACGCGUUCCUCCGGACGCGCGCGGACUUCUUCGCGGAGCCGGCGCUCGCCCAGGACGACCCCCUCAACUUCGUCGACGACGCCGGCGCCUGGCGCUCCUGA